AUGGAGGAUGGAGCAGGAUCGGAGGGGAAAAUUUUGAUGAAGCUGAAGUUGCCGCAGAAUAUGGCGGUGGAGUCGGAGGUCGCCGGAGAACCGAAGAUGCAUAACUGUCCGCACUGCGAUCGGAGUUUCACCACCGGAAAGGCUCUGGGAGGUCACACGAGCAGCGCGCACGUAAAGUCGGACAAAAAUUACGUCAGGAAGAAGCUGAAACCGAAGAACGGGCGAGAUUCCGAAACGACGGCGCCGGCGACGGAGUUUGUCUGCAAUGAGUGCGAUCGGAGCUUUCCGUCGUUGAAGUCGCUGCACGGACACAUGAGGAGCCAUCCGAAGAGAGAUGAUAGAGGAUUGAAGUCGAAGACCAAGGUUAAGAUUAGUUUUUCUGCAAACCCUAAUUUCUCCAAAUUGGGGAAAAAUUGUGGAGACGACGGCGAGAUCGAAUUAGGAUCAUCAGAAGAUACAGAGGCUCCGUCGAGCAGUACUUCAAGUCAGAAUCCAAAUUUCAAGACGUGGUCAAAGACCGGAAAGCGCGGCCGCGCGGCGUCGCCGCCGCGUAAGGCGGCGGAGUUGGAGGAAGCCGCAGAAGCUUUGGUAAAGCUAAAAACUGAUUACUUCAACGUGCCACCGACCUAUAAGAAGCUGAGGGUUUCUGAAGACAAAUUAAAUCCUCCAUCGCCGCUGAAGACCGAAGCCCUAAUUGAAAUUGGGGUAAAGGAGUCAUCCGCCAUGGCUGAACCAAUCCGCAAGAAAAAAUCGGAUAAGGCAGAAGCAAACCCUAAUCAGAAACACACAUGCGACAUAUGCAAAAAAUCUUUCCCAACACAUCAGGCAUUGGGAGGGCACAUGUCGAGCCACCGGAAAUUCAAGAUCAGCGUCGAGGACAACGCCACCACCUCCGCCGGAAAAUCUGCGGCGGCGAGUCAUGAACACGUUUGCAAGGUUUGCAGGAAAGUCUAUGCAAGUGAGAAGGCAUUGGGAAAGCACGUGAGGAAGUGCCAUGGUGAUGCUGAGAAAGAACAGCAGCAGCAGCAGCAGCAGCAGAAUUCUGACCUGAUUUCGAUGGAGAUGGAGCAGAAAUUGGUGUUGAAUUUUGAUCUGAAUGAGGUUCCUGAAGAAGAAGAAAAAGCAAAGGUUAAGCUAAUGGAUUUGAGUCAAUCUGUUCUUGUUUUUGCUGAUUCCAAGGAUGAUGAUGAUCAUGAUCAUGUAUUGGUAUUUCUGGAACAGUUUGGAUCUAAUUAG